AUGGCGAUCGUCCUUCCCAUCGCGAAGGUCAUCGCGGCCGUGUUCCUCAGCAUAGCAUUAUACAACUUUCUCGAGCUUAAUGUCUACAUUCUCACCCUGUUCAAACGGCGCAGCGGGCUGUAUUUCUGGAGUUUCACGGUUGCCACAUAUGGAAUCCUUUUCAACUCGAUUGGAUACAUGCUCAUGCAUUUGGUCCAAAUCGAGACGAAGAACGUAUACGCUACAUUAAUCCUCAUAGGAUGGUGUUGUAUGAUCACUGGCCAGUCGGUGGUGUUGUAUUCGCGGCUGCAUAUUGUUAUGCACAACCUCCGAUGGCUCAAGUAUGUCCUGACCAUGAUCAUCGUCAACGCAAUCUGGCUACACAUUCCUGUUAUCGUUAUCGUAUAUGGUACAAACUCAGCCGACCCGAAGCCCUGGAUACCGGUGUAUAACAUAUACGAACGAAUCCAACUCAGUGUCUUCAUCGCCCAAGAACUCGUCAUCUCAGGCCUCUACCUCUUCGAAACCACCAAGCUCCUCCGCCUGGAGCGUACUAUUGGAAACGUUGGUACCCGGAAACUCCUUUACCAUCUCAUCUCGGUCAACGCUCUUGUCAUCCUCCUCGACUUCAGUAUUCUCGCCCUGGAAUUCGCCGACCUCUUUGAGAUCCAAACGUCCUGGAAGCCACUUGUAUACAGCAUCAAGCUCAAACUCGAAUUCAGCAUUCUCACUCGUCUCGUCAAUUUGACGCGAAAGGCCAGGAGUGGAAACGGGGCCAGCUCCUACGGCAACAACGCAUAUGGUAACAACGCAUAUGCAAACCGCGGAGUAGAGGCCGGAGGCGUGCCACUGGGAACGAUGAGGGCAAAGAGCAACAUCCAACGGUCAAUGGUAGGAACAGGCAAGGACGAAACAGACACAUGGGAGGUCCACGUUAGCACUGGCAAGGGCAACACCAAGGCCAUGCCAGCGCAGGUGGUCAAGACGACAGAAUUCACGGUGCACAGUCACAGCAGACAAGCGAGCACAGAAAGUCUGGUGGAGAGCGGGAAGAAAGCAUUUGUUCACACGACUUCAACAGAGUCGCAUGAGAUUGAGAGGGAUAGCGCGUCGUCUGUCUUGUCAGAUCCGCAUUACAGAAGGCACAAUGAAGGUCAGCAAUGGUAA